GUCGCCGGAGCAGCCAAGAUGGCGGCGGCGGAGGGGAGCGGCGCGGGGCCGUUGUUUGCAGGUCUUGCAGACGUGUCGAUAUCUGAAGACAUCCCAGUGGAAGGGGAGAUCACAGUUCCUGUGGGAUCUCACUCUCCUGAUGAAGACUACUCCACACUGGAUGAGCCUGUUCGGGAUACCAUCAUGAGAGAUCUGAAGGCAGUUGGGAAGAAGUUUGUCCAUGUCAUGUACCCGAAGAAGAGCAGUGCACUCCUCAGAGACUGGGAUCUCUGGGGCCCUUUGGUGCUUUGUGUCUCACUUGCAUUGAUGCUGCAGGGGGGAUCAGCAGACAGCAAGGACGAUGGAGGGCCCCAGUUUGCUGAGGUCUUUGUCAUCAUCUGGUUUGGUGCAGUUGUCAUCACACUCAACUCCAAGCUUCUCGGGGGCACCAUAUCUUUUUUCCAGAGCCUGUGUGUUCUGGGUUACUGUGUCCUGCCACUGACAGUGGCAAUGCUGGUGUGCAGGCUGGUGCUGCUGGCAGGCUCUGGGACCAUCAGCUUCAUCAUUCGCCUUAUUGUGGUGAUGGCCAUGUUUGCUUGGUCAACGUUAGCCUCCACAGCUUUCCUGGCAGACAGUCAGCCCCCAAACCGCAAGGCUCUGGUCGUGUACCCCAUCUUCCUCUUCUACUUUGUCAUCAGCUGGAUGAUUCUCACCUUCACACCUCAGUGAUCUCCAUCUGAAGAGACUGUAACACGGACUGGAGUUUUUUCAUGAACCCUGCAGUUAAUCAUUGGCUUUAUCUCUUUCUAAUUUAUAUAUAUAGAGAGAGGUAUUGUAAAAAGGCAGGUUAUGGGAUAAAGCCAGAGAACUGCAAAAAUUGGUCAUUUGUGUGUCCCUCUUUUUGAAUGAUGCAGAGAUCCAGCUGCUGAGGGUUGGGGUUUUUUUUAUUUAGCCCUGGACUUUGGUUGUGUUAAAUAAAAAAUGCCUGCUGUGACAGAUGAUUCCACCCGAGGAAUAGAGCAAGAGAUCCUGGAAUUUCAAGAUGUUGGGUAGAUGAAGGUGAAGUUACAGGAUCACAGGACUUGGCAGAAUUCUUGCUUGUGCUUGGAUUCUCACUGACAACAAAUAUGCCUUAUGAAAUGGUAGAACUUCAUUGCUGUUAUGUCUUGGGUAGGGAAGAAAUGUGUUUGACUCCUGUUCUUCGUUCACUUAGAGAGUGGUGAAAAGUGUCUGACGUGCACCAGAGGACCAUGAGCUUUCACUCUGAAACCAGAUUUCAGCAAACAAGAAGUUGGGUCCAUUUUGGAGCUGGGCAGAAGGGAACUGCCUGUGCUCGUGCUCACGUGUUGUGUGUUCAUGGUUCAUCCCUUCAUCUGUCAAGGAAGUGUUUCAGCCAGAUGCCUCCAGCUCCACAGCUACACUGACUGAGCCAUGUGUCCUGUCAGGGAGGGUGUGUUCACACUGGAGAGUUUCAAAUCUUUGUCUGAAACCAUCAAUUAGAGGGUUAAAAGUCCUGGAGGAGCAGUCAUGGCUGGUUUGACUGGGCUGUCACUGCACAUGGGGAAUGGAAAAUUGUCUGGAGAGUGCCAGGAAGAGUGUAUGUUUAUGUAAAAAAAACACCCCAAAGUUUGAAGUAAAUGGAGGUUUUGAUACCUAAGAUGUUUGGAUGCUAAGGUACCAAACCAGGACUUAGGCCCAAAAGUUUUAAACCAGGCUGGAUGAAGGAAACUAAACCAUGCUGAAGGUGUUGGCUGCUCCGAAGUAGGAGCUGAAUUUCUGUCUGAGCUGUUGUGUGUGACUUGUCAUUGAGUUGUUUACCUGGGCAGCCUUUCAACUGAAAUGUAUAUGAAUUCCUGUAUUUCCUUGUACUCAGAUGGGAGAAACUUUUCUGUGGUUUUGUUUUUGUUGUGUUGUUUUUUUUUUGCUUUUGGGUUGUUUUUUUCUGCUUAAUAUUUUUAGAAAAAGGGAGAAGGCUUUCCUCUGCAGUCCCCUGUGGGUGCACUCGUGUACCUCACCUGGAGACAGGUGCCAUUUAUAUUUCCACAGAGGGACCUGGACAAUUGCUUUUUGAAAACUGUACAGACAUUCUUUCUGUUGUCUGUGAUUUUCACUAAGCAACCCAAGGGGAGAGCUUUGGAACAUAUGGGGGUGAAAAAGCUGCUGUUCAAAUGUCACUUUCCCUGAAAAUGAGCAUCCUGUUUCCUUUUGAAGUCACGCCAACAGAUGUGAAAUGGAUGUACAUGGUCCUGCUGAGGUGUAAAUAUGCCUAAUUUAUAGAUAAAAGUGCAGUUCCUGUUAUAAACACUACAAGUAUUUGACAGCUGGGAUGGAAAUUUCUACAUGUGCAGAUUAAAAGUACCUUUUUGCAUUUCUGGGAAUGUGGAAAAGAGGGAAGGAGAAGUUGCUUGCUCCCUGCAGGGCCUCAUUUCUGCGUGUGAAGCUGGUGGCUGUUCUGCCACCCUCCUCCCACCUCCCUCCUGGGCUGCUCUGAGGUGCUGCAGGAGAUGGAGUGUUUUGCAUACAUGGGUGCACAAUGGAAAUGAGGAAUUUUUAAACUUCCAUUAAAUUAUUACUAAUAUGGAA